AUGGCCCCAACAUCACACCUCCCUUUAUUCGGCGGCAUCCGAGCCUGGAAUUCAGAUGACUGGACCUCAUCCGACGACCGCGUCCGUGGCGGAUCUUCCCACUCAACCCUAACCUGUUCACCCUCCUCGCUGGUCGCCCAUUUCCAUGGAGAACUAGACAUAACGACCCUAGGCGGAGCAGGAUUCGCCUCGCAACGCACAAGGGGCGAGGACCGAACAUGGGAUCUAUCGCAUCACGAUGGCUUAGAGAUUAUCGUUGACCGGGCCGAUGAUAAAUUAUACACCCUGACUCUGAAGGACGAGAUACUGCCCAAGAGAUCUGAUGGUCGGGAGCAGAGCAGCGUGAGCUGGGAAUAUGAUUUCCGGGUUGAGCGUCAGAAGACGAUUUUCGUCAAGUGGGAGGAUUUCAGACCGACUUAUCGUGGUAAGGAUAAGGUUGAUGCUGAGCCGUUGGAUUUGAAGAAUGUGAAGAGGUUUGGGAUUAUGGUGAGAAGUUUCUUUGGCGAUCAGGAGGGUCCUUUUGAGCUUGGUAUUAUUUCUAUCGCUGCUGUGCGGACGGAGCGCUACUUGGAUGAUCCUGAUGGUGAGGACUUGAAUGAGUAUAUGGAUGAGAAAUCGGCUGCUGGGAGGCACACUCGGAGACGCCGCGCUUGGUUUGGAGGGCUGCUCAGCUGCUUCGGCGUUUAA